AUGUUUCCAGUUGGUCGUAUUCACAGACAUUUGAAGAACAGAACCACAAGCCAUGGGCGAGUUGGAGCGACCGCAGCAGUGUACAGUGCUGCAAUUUUGGAAUAUCUUACUGCUGAGGUGCUUGAGUUGGCAGGUAAUGCCAGUAAAGAUUUAAAAGUAAAACGUAUCACACCAAGACAUUUACAAUUAGCUAUCAGAGGAGAUGAGGAAUUAGAUUCUCUUAUCAAAGCAACAAUUGCUGGCGGUGGUGUUAUACCUCAUAUUCACAAGUCUCUCAUUGGAAAGAAGGGUUCUCAAAAAGCAGCAUAA